UCGCCCUCGCCGGAUUGGGGAUUGUCUCGUAUUAGCCAACGUCUUUCGGGGACAUUUGACAGCUAUACUUAUGAAGCGACGGCUGGAUCUGGAAUAACUGUAUAUGUAUUGGAUACUGGUGUCAAUACUGAGCACUCUGAUUUUGAUAAUCGUGCUUCAUUAUCAAUUAAUCUGGUUCACAAUGAACCCGAGACAGAUAUGGGUGGUCACGGUACUCAUGUUGCUGGAAAGAUUGCCGGAAAGACCUAUGGUGUUGCAAAGAGUGCAAGGAUUCGAUCGGUAAAGAUCCUGGGCCAAUCAGGCGACGGUACAACCGCAAGUCUAGUCAAAGGAAUUUCUCAUGUUAUAGAGACGGCCGAGCCCGGCAAGAGUGUGAUCAAUUUGUCGCUCAGUGGGCCAAAGUCAAGGAUGAUUGACGAGGUUUUGAGCAAGGCAGCUCGGGAUUACAAUAUACCUAUCUUUGUAUCAGCCGGUAAUGCCGGAACAGAUGCUUGCUACUUCUCGCCUUCGUCUAACCAGGACGUGUUUGUGGUCGGGGCCACGAAUAUCAACGACGAGGUCCCACUCUUUUCAAAUGUCGGUCAAUGCGUUCAUCUCUAUGCGCCAGGAUCGAAUAUCAAAAGCACCUGGAUAGGAAGCUCGACUGCUAUUCAGUCUCUUGAUGGAACAAGUAUGGCCUGUCCUCAUGUAACUGGUAUUGCUGCUUCUUUGUUGUCCACAAAGAAUUACAGAAAUGUACAUGAGCUUUAUGAUGAAAUCCGAUCAAUUGCCACCAAGGAUCUUCUAAAGUUCAAAACCGUGGUACACAUAAGUCAGAGCCACAAUUUACUUGCUUACGCCCCGUAUUAUUUAUAA